UAUAAAAAGCAUCGAAUACUUUUAAAUCUCAAACUUGUUUCUUAGGAGUCUCCAAACCUUUCGAAUCAGAAGAAAACUUGAAAUAAUGGGUUCCUUUACUGCAUCCAAACUUAUAGUAGUAGACUUCACAGAGGAGGACUUGAAGCCGGGUUCAAGUUCUUGGUCAUCUGCAUGCAAAGACAUCAGAAGAGCCCUUGAAAUCCAUGGCUGCUUUGUAGCGUUAUAUGAUAAAAUUUCUCCCCAACUUCAUAAAGCAAUAUUCCAGGCGGCAGAUGAGUUAUUUGAUCUUCCCACUGAGGUAAAAAUCCAAAAUAUCAAUGAAAAACCCUACCAUGGCUAUGUGGGGCAAAUGCCUAUUGUGCCUCUACAUGAAGGCUUAGGUAUUGAUUAUGCAACAACACUUGAAGGAGCUCAAAGUUUCACAAAGCUAAUGUGGCCUAAUGGAAAUGAUUCUUUCUGUGAGAGUUCAAUGUCCUUUGCCAGGACAGUAGCAGAGUUGGAAAAGAUUGUGAUAAGGAUGCUAUUUGAAAGCUAUAGCGUGGAGAAAUACACGGAUUCUCACAUUGAAUCGACUACCUAUCUUCUUCGGUUCUUGAAAUAUCGAGCCCCUAAAGCAGACGAAACUACGAUGGCAUUUCCCUCUCACACCGAUAAGAGCUUCCUCACCAUACUGUAUCAGAAUCAUAUUUCUGGCUUGGAAAUUAGAGCAAGAGACGGGGAGUGGAUCAAUGUGGAGUUCCCCCCAUUGUCCUUUGUAGUCAUGGCUGGCGAUGCAUGCAAGGCAUGGAGCAACGACCGGGUGCUUUCUCCAAAUCACAAAGUCAUAAUGAACAUGAAUGGAAGAGAAACUAGAUAUACCAUAGCAUUAUUCUCAUUCCUCAGCUGUAUGGUGGAAGUGCCAGAAGAGCUAGUUGACAAUGAACACCCAUUGGAAUUUAAACCAUUUGUUCAUGUCGAUCUGCUCAAUUUUUAUGAUACAGAUCACGGACGGAGGUCACAGAAUAUACUCAAAGAUUUUUGUGGUGUUUGAAAUAUCUAUUAUGACGUCAUAAAUGGGGAAAUUGCUAUUAUAAUUAUGCCUUUAUAAUGAUGUAUGUCUUUCCUAAUAAUAAGGUUUGGUGGCAGUUUGAUAUGGUGGUUGUAAAUGAAUCAGUGAUUAUUUUGUGUUGUUCAACAUGUUCCCAGGAUCCUGUCAUAUGUAUUUUUUUCUAAGCUUUCUGUCAUGUUUUUUUCUAACGAGUGUGUCAUGUCUGUUUCUGCUUCCA